GCUUUUUAUCCACUCCCACAGUCCAAUCCACACGACCGCCACCAACUCACGCAGCGUGCUUCCCUUCAGAAACUCGAUGGCCUGCCACCUCGCCAUCGCCGGCGCCACCGCCGCCGCCGCCCGCGCUCCUCGUAUCUCCGUGCUCGCCGCCGCCUCUGCUUCCUCCGCAGGGGAACCCGCGCGCCGCAUCAUCCGCCGCCGCGCGCCGCCGGGUCAGCAGGGCUCUGCCACAGCGGCCCCCGCGCCUCCCGCCCAGCCGUCCGUGGCGGAGGUGCGCCGCGCCAUCGGCGUCUCCGACGACGCUGCGUCGGCCGCCGCAUCCAUGGAGAAGAAGAACACCGCGUUCAUGGACCUCAUCUCUACCACGCCCAUCGGCCAGCCGGAGAGCGAGCCCGAGCGCCGCCUCCGCGAGGCCGCCGAGUGGGUAGUCGACACCACUGAGACGCGCGCUUGCGAAGGACAGAAGUCUUUCUUAGUGCUAUGCAUGAUGACAUUUCCUGCUUGGUUCUUGCUCCUGUUUCUUGCCCUUGGACUCUUUAAGUUACCAUUUGAUAUUCCGGUUCUGGAUAAUCUCCUAAUGUAAGGUGUUAGCUAUUAUCAUUUUUCCCUUUUAUUUUCCAAAUAUACGAGCUUCACACACUGAAUAUGAAAAGAAAUAUAUGCCACUACUGAA